AUGGUGAACUCUACGGGAUUGCCAAGGCAAAGCAGAAGAAGGAGGGGUAAUAACUGGAGACGGAAGCAGAAAGAAAAGGGUUCUGAUGCGGAUAUUGACGGUGGUACGGCGGAUGAUGAUUGCGGUGGGUCUGGUAACGUUGGUGAAUCAGUUAAGAGAGCUCCGGAAAGUUUGAAACUUGGAACGAAAAGGGAUAGAGGGAACAAACUUAAGAGCAGAAACUGUCCAGCACCGUCCCAGGGAAAAGAUUUUACUUUUAAGAGUACACCCGUUGCAAAUAACCAGAGGCGGAGUUGUGAGGAGACGGGAAGGCGGAACUGUGAAGUUGGAACACAGACAGAGCCCGCGGCGUGGUUACAGCUCGAAACGGCCUUUAGAGAUCCACGAAGACACUCAUUUUCAAGUAAUGGGCUUACGGUUGUUCGCCAUACUGGUGAUGGUGACGUUCGCAAGAGUAGUAUAUCCUCCACGAACACUAUUGAUUCUAAGUUUUCAACUGCUACCACACUUUGGGACCCAGAAUAUCCCACCGUGUCCUCUGAGAUGGACAGCUUGACUAUGAGAGAGGGCACCAAUGCUCUUACGAAAUGGUCCAACGACGAUCCAUCGUCAUACGGUCCAAUUCUUGCUAUGAGGCACAGUGCCGCAAACGAGAUUGCGAAGUUACACAAAAUAUGCUCGAAGCUGGACAAAUCUGUAAUUGAGUACGUUUCGUCGACGUCGCGUGCAAAAGCGAUUAGAGACGAAGAUGUAGAGUACCGCAAACUGAUGGAUAUUGCUGAAGAAAGGGACCACGUGGAUCGUGACAACUGGUCACAUCUUCCGUCAUGCUGUAUGGGCACCGAUCACUAUAAUGACGAACGAAUUCUACACUGCAUUCACCCAACACAAGCCACUCCUGAUCUACAAAACGUCUAA